CUUCCCUAAUCUUUUUGCAUUUCAGGAGCUGUUCAUACAUUUUACGAUUCUCUUCUGAAUGUAAGGAUAUCAAUGGUUUUGCGUUUGCCUUUUACAUUUAGCUAUCCACAAUCUUCAGCCGACUCCGGAGCGGGCUGCAUUUUGCUUCGUGAAAUCAUUUAUAUCUUGUGUUCUCCUUUCAGAAACUAUAUUUGUUUUGCUUCUCUCUCUCCAUCCCUCCCUAUGAUUGCAGAUGCAAUGCGGGAGGAGAAAUUGUGGCGUUGGUAUUCUUUUUAAACUUCUUUUUUCUUCAACCCGUGCAUACACGAAGUUCCCUCCUUCUUCUCCAUCUGUUGUUUUUUAGGAAAAAAAUACGAGUUCUCGGUACCGACUGCAUAAUCGAAUCCGAUAAUUCGAGCUUGCUAACUGUGGAUUAUAUUUCCCUAUCACCAAAUUCUGUGUAUGACUAUGGAAUAUAGUGGUAGAUCGGGGUAAUGUUAGCAUGAAUAUCAACUCCUCAAGAGAUCUGCGAAACGCUGCAAAAUUUGCUCAUAAGUUUUUGGGGUUCAUUUCGAGGGAAGGAGCAGUAUCUAUCUCCUUCCUCGCUGCUCUUUCCUGCGGAUCUUUCUUUGUACCUUUUACUCUCUGCUUUGGUACAAGAGUGAUGCCUGCUGCGCAUGCAUGUAACUUUCAAGAUGAUUAAACUUGCGUGGUUAAGGUCAUGGAGAAUUCUAAGGCAUUGUUAAACAUGAGAAAUCUGAUGUACUCUGGAAAGCAUGCUCUACUUCCUCCUAAAAGUCCAUUUCCUAGUGGUUCCUCUUCAAAUUUUACUGAUUAUUUCCCCAAUCCAAUUAUUGGGUCAAGAGCAGUGCAGAAUCCCAGAGAGGGAAAUGUGCACCACCAUCGAACAUCAUCUGGAAGUCUUCUGAUGGAGGAGCAACCUUCUUGGCUUGAUGAUCUCCUCGAUGAGCCUGAAACACCUGUUCAAAGAGGUGGUCAUCGACGUUCAUCGAGUGAUUCCUUUGCCUACCUAGAUGCAGUAAAUGUUUCCAAUGCAAAGUAUACUCAAGAUGACUCGAGAUGUAAAAAUAUAUCUUUACCUUCCUGGGCAUCACUAGACUUCGAACCCCGGAAAGAUGCACAUCAAACUUCAUUUCAUAUGCAAGCAAGCUGGAUCAAACAAAAGAACAGGACACGGGAAUUGCCUCCAACUACAUUGAUUCCUAAUCAAGGUGUUCACCCAUCUGCAAAGAGUAGCAUUCUUCUUGAAAGUUCAAGGCCAUUAAGUACACCACUGGAAGCAAAUGGAUUAUCGUCAACGACUACUGAAAAGCAGGAUUCAGCAGAAACUGGUCUGCAGGAUCCGAAGCCAACUCAGAGAAUAGAAAGUCCUAAUGUUAAGCCAGUUCUGACUGAUACAGAUAAUAAAAGAGCCAAACAGCAAUUUGCUCAACGUUCACGUGUACGGAAACUUCAGUACAUUGCAGAGCUAGAAAGGAACGUACAAGCUUUACAAGCAGAAGGCUCUGAAGUUUCUGCCGAGCUCGAAUUUCUCAGUCAGCAAAACUUAAUUCUUAGCAUGGAGAAUAAAGCACUCAAGCAACGAUUGGAAAGUUUAUCUCAGGAGCAGCUUAUAAAAUACUUGGAGCAUGAAGUGCUGGAGAGGGAGAUUGGAAGACUACGAGUGUUGUAUCAAAAACAGCAGCAGCCGCAGUUACCACCUUCCAGCCUUAAACGCAGCAAGAGCAGAGACCUUGAGACACAGUUUGGUAAUCUGUCUUUGAGACAGGACGGGCAUGCGGGUGCGGAGUCCGUGACGGGGCAAGUCCACAUCUAGAUUUGUAAAUCAGUUGAAGUUGUUCGGAGGGGCCACUGCCCAGUUUGUGGAUUUGUCGUGCAGGAUAACCAGAGGCCAGUGAGCAGUCAGCACUCCAUUUGUUUGUUGGCCAUAGUAGAUGUUAAUGAAAAGCACCUGGCUGUCAUUGCUGCACUGCAAAAUGUUCUCUUUGGGGCGGGUGACUUUGCCGGAGGUGAUAUAUAUUAUCUACGAAUGGUCUUCUAUGGUUUAUUGUGACGAUGUACCGUAAUUCUAAUAGGUGUAUUGUAUUUUAUAAGUCCAACGUUCCUUUUGGGGUUGGGGAGCAAUUUUUUUUUUCUUUUCCCAUCAAAUGCAAAUGCAUCCAUAAGUUUGGAUGUCGUGGGCAUGACAUGAUGGAUCUAACAAUUUCAGUGGCCAUACAUGAUUGUGGGCAGAUGUACAAGCUCCACUGACGCCAUUUGAACGGAGAUACUCUUCAUAUCUUUGCUUAUUUACAUGCUAUAUUGGGGCCA